AGAAAGAAUGAAUACAUGUUUUAAUACGUUUUCUCUAUGUAUAAUAUUUGAAACGCCCACUUUUACUUGCACAAGGGUGGGAACAAUGGGCAAUAAAAGGAGCUCACAGCCAAGACAAAAGAAAACAUUGUCAAGAUAUCGAUCAUCUCAAAAUCAUGAAUGCAAGAUUUAUUCUGCUGCUCUUUUCAGUCGUCAUGGCAAGUGGAGUUAUCAUUUUUGAUGAACCUGACUGCCCUGAAGAGGUGUUUGGUUGCAUGAAGGAUUAUCAUCCUGUGUGUGGUACUGAUGGAGUCACCUAUGGAAAUGAAUGCAGACUGUGUCUCCAUAUACAGAGGACAGGAGAGGACAUACAAAUAGCCUAUAGGGAUAAAUGCAGAGACAACCAGAAUCAGCAGCAGGUGGAAUGACAUACAACAGCUUUACAGUAAAGGAUGGUUAUUGACUGUUCGUUCUGAGAUUUAAACUGCAAAUCUACAA